CCUCGUUUCAGAAAUGAGCAACUGAUGUUUCUCCUUAUUUUGAAAAAAGAAAAGAAAAGGAAGAAGCAGAUUUUCUAUCCAGCUGGAGUUCUGUGCAGCCACUUGGGGUAGUUGUUAGUUAAGCAGACAAACACAGAUGUAACUAAUGAUUUCCCAGUAUGACACAGGCUAAUUUAAAGUAAUGGUUAUACUCAGACACAGACACACAUGUGUGUGUCCGUGUCUGUGUGUGUGUAGAAGGAAUCUACAGUCUCAGCUGAGUGAACCACAGCUGCUUAAAAGAGGAGAGUCUGUCUGAACAGAGCCAACCAGCCAGGAAGCUGAUGCCGGAGUCAAAGGAGGGAAACAAUGCUGGAUGGAUGAGGAGCGUGCGAAGGAACUGAGGCGGAUGGAGAGUCUGAAAAGUGACGAAGUAGGACCCCUAACUGGGCUGAACAGCUUGCCACUGUGGCAGUCCAUCAAACAGAAGGGGAGGAGGAAAAAUCACUGCAUCUUUGCAGCUCCUUUCUAAUGGGGCUUUUCAUUUCCCUGAUACCUGCAAAGCUUGGAUGCCAGCUAGAGGAUCUUUUAGGAAGGUUUCUCCAUCUCUUGUUUGCUGCAUGUCAAGGAAUUUUCUCAGAAAACAAGGAGUGAACCAAAAACUCUACAAAAGGAUAAAAGGACUUUUUGGAAGUGUCUGAAUCUCCUUAGUGUGAAUGAAUUUUUGACUGGAGUAGAUGGGAUACAAGUCUCUUCACCGACACCAGAUCAUCCAAAGACCACCAGUUGCUCCAGAAUAGCAUUCUACCAUGGCUGGGCUUUUUUUCAUCUGUGUUCAUCUACUGUCUAAUCUGAAGAAAAAUCCAUAGACUGAGAAAAUAUGGCAAACUCAUCUGAGGAUGGAGAACUGAACGUCUCCUUUCAUGGAACCAGCAACUCCUGCUGUGUAAGCAAUGUUACAAACAUUAACUUCACAUCCUACGAACAGUCCCCAGACUUCUAUGUGAUCAUCCCAGUGAUUUACUCAGUGAUUUGUGCCAUGGGCCUGACGGGCAACACAGCGGUCAUCUAUGUGAUCCUCAAAGCUCCCAAGAUGAAGACCGUCACCAACAUGUUCAUCCUUAACUUAGCCAUAGCAGAUGACUUGUUCACGCUGGUCCUACCCAUUAACAUUGCUGAACACCUGCUGCAUUACUGGCCCUUUGGGGAGAUCCUGUGCAAAGUCAUCCUGUCCAUUGACCACUACAAUAUAUUCUCCAGCAUCUACUUCCUCACGGUGAUGAGCGUGGACAGAUACCUGGUGGUCCUGGCAACCAUCAGGUCAAAACGGAUGCCCCAUCGCACGUACCGAGCAGCCCGCAUCAUCAGCUUUGGCAUUUGGGGCCUCGUCACCCUCAUCGUCUCCCCUUUCUUCGUCUUUGCCAAUGUCUACAAAGAUGGCUUAAACAUCACAAGCUGUGGGCUCAAUUUCCCCAAGCCUGAAAGGUUUUGGUUCAAAGCCAGCAGAAUCUACACUCUCAUCUUGGGCUUUGCCAUCCCCGUCUCUACUUUCUGCAUCCUUUAUAUCAUCAUGUUAUACAAACUGAGGCACACUCGCUUGAACUCUAAUGCAAAAGCCCUCGACAAAGCCAAAAAGAAAGUCACCAUCAUGGUCUUUAUUGUUUUAGCCGUGUGCCUUUUCUGCUGGACACCAUUUCAUCUGGCCACUAUUGUAGCUUUGACCACUGACGUGCCACAGACUCCACUGGUCAUUGGCAUUUCCUACUUCAUUACCAGCCUGAGCUAUGCUAACUCUUGCUUGAACCCAUUCUUGUAUGCCUUCCUAGAUGACAGCUUUCAGAAAAGUUUUCGGAAGAUGUUGGAAUGCAGAGCUGAUUAAAAAUUGAACUGCUCCUGCCAGAUUUUGUUUAGUGUCCUUUGCAUAUAAAUCUGGCUUUUGCUGACAACCCUUGUGUGUGUGUGUGUGAAAAUGUUCAAAGAAAUUUAAAUUAGUUUAAAUUUAAUUCUGUUGGCAAGUGGUUAAUGUGUCUUUUUAAAAAAAAUUCUAAUUAUUUUCUAAUGCUUUGCUUCAUUUGAAUGCCUAAUGUAUGUUGCUUAAUGUAUGUCACUGGAAAGGAAAGCAAGAAAGAAGUUGAACCUGUAGAAAUGUCCUUCCAUGUGUCCUGGUCUACAUCUUCCCCCUGGUGGAGAAUAAUAAAAUAACGGAUGGAAUAAAUAGCAUGGAAACCCGAGUGGGACAUCUC